CAUUCGUAGUGUGAAGGCGGCAACUGAAUGGCAGUAAGCAUCUGGAAGAGGUUACUGCCUUUACUGGUAGCGCUGGAAACCAUACCGGAGCUUAACUGCAAACUGAAAAUGUCUUUUAUGAAAGUAGACGAACAAUCUGAUUUCUCAUAUCACAAUCUGCCUUAUGGUGUGUUUUCAACUCCAGACAAUCCUAGGCACAGAAUAGGCGUGGCCAUCGGGGAUCAGAUUCUGGAUCUCAGUGUGGUGAAAUCCCUCUUCAGCGGACCUGUGCUUUCAGGACAUCAGGAUGUGUUUGACCAGGCAACCCUUAAUGCUUUCAUGGGCCUGGGAUACGAGGCCUGGAAAGAAGCCAGGGUCUCUCUUCAGACACUUCUGUCUGCCAACGAGUCCGUCCUGCGAGAUGACGUCAGCCUCAGGAGCAGAGCUUUUGUUCAUCAGAGCUCUGCAGUCAUGCAUCUCCCAGCUGAAAUUGGCGACUACACCGACUUCUAUUCCUCCCGGGAUCAUGCCACCAAUGUGGGCAUCAUGUUCCGUGGGAAAGAGAACGCCCUGAUGCCCAACUGGUUGAGGCUACCUGUCGGUUACCAUGGGAGAGCCUCGUCAGUGGUGAUAUCUGGGACCCCUAUUAGAAGGCCUAUGGGUCAGAUGAGACCUGAUCCAUCUCAACCCCCGGUUUUUGGACCAAGCAAGCAGUUGGAUAUUGAAUUAGAAAUGGCCUUCCUGGUUGGAGCUGGAAACAGGCUGGGAGAGUCCAUCCCCAUUGAGCAUGCACACAGGCACAUCUUUGGAAUGGUCCUCAUGAACGACUGGAGUGCUCGGGACAUUCAGUCUUGGGAGUAUGUCCCACUCGGACCUUUCCUGGGAAAGAAUUUCGGGACGACCAUCUCGCCCUGGGUGGUCCCCAUGGAGGCCUUGCUGCCGUUUGCCCAUCCCAAUGCGGUGCAGGAUCCAGAGCCUCUUCCCUAUCUGCGCCAUGCUGAUGCCUACACCUUCAACAUCAAUCUCUUCGUAUCUCUGAAAGGCGAAGCCAUGAAGGAAGCCGCCACCAUUACCAAGUCAAACUUUAAGUACAUGUACUGGACCAUGAAGCAACAACUGGCACACCACACGGUCAACGGCUGCAACGUCAGGCCGGGAGACCUGCUUGCCUCUGGGACCAUCAGCGGCCCGGAUCCUGAGAGCUUCGGCUCAAUGCUGGAACUGUCCUGGAGGGGAUCAAAGACGAUUGAUCUCAGGGGCGGGGAAACGCGGACGUUUCUGAAGGACGGGGAUGAGGUGUCAAUCACAGGUUACUGCGAGGGGAAUGGCUUCCGGGUGGGCUUUGGUACGUGCACCGGAAGAGUCCUCCCAGCACGGCAGCUGUGAAGGGCCUGUGUUCCUCCCACACCACGCUGCCUCUCCCAUACCAUGAUGCCUGACAGCCAAUAAAACUCCUCAGGAAAGGACAUGUUCCAGAAAGAAUGUUCUUAUCAGUGUUGUUUAAAAAGGGAUUACAUAUAUGUUUUUGAUUGGCCCAGUCAGUUUACGUGUGCAAUGAAAAAUAUUUUAGAUCCUUACAGAACUGUAUGAUGACUAUUUUCAGGAGGGUCUGGUUUAAAACAGGACGGUACAUUUCAAGUAACUCCAAAGGAGCUUGUGCAGGGCUAAGAACUGCUGGUUUUCCAUCCUCCCUUUACCUGGGAGUCAGGCCUAUCAGUAGCACUAAUUAUUCAGUUAAGUACCCAGGAGAAAAGAAAACCAGGCCUGGAUAUGGACUCAAGGCCUAGAUUUGAUGAUCCCUGUUGUACAUUAAUUUUAUGUUUCCAGAUAUAGUUUAUUCCCAAUAAUGGCCUUAAAAUUAGUUUUCUUUAAUUGUGUUGGCACUACUUUCUUGCUCAGUCCUGUAAGUAUCUAAAAUAUCCUUCAUCGCACACAAAAAUUGUCAGGGCCAAUGAAAAACAUACUUUAAAAUGGAAACUCCAGAAAGUUAAAUACUUAAAUGUAUGGCCAACUCAUUUCAUUGAGACUGUUACUGCUGUGUGGCAAUUAAUUAGGCCUGAAAUAAAGAAAACCCCCAGUA